AACAGGCACGUGACACAACACGGGAGUGACUGGUCGUGGGCGUGGCCCGUGAAACCUGUUGGACCCGGGCUAACGGGUUGUUCUGGUCCUCAAGGUACAGCAAAUUGUUGGUACGAUGACUUUGAAGGGCUGUCGGACACGGACGCGCUCAGCUUAGUGUUCAUGCCUUAACCAACAUGGCGCCUAACUGGACGGAGAGGAUCAGUGCCUUCUGCUGCAGUCCGAGCGGCUUCCUGUCAGGAACCAACCCGGAAGCCUUCCUGUCAGAGCUGCUCCGGGAGCUGCGGGACGACCGAGCCAGCUAUGGAGUCAAGGUCCUCCUCUUGUCUCCUCUCUGUGAGUACGCGGGCCUGCUGUGCGCCACAGGAUGUGCCGGCGAGGAGACGGCCCUGGACCUCAUGUCGGUGUUCGCCCAGUGUCCUGCCAGGUGGACCCAGUUCCGCUGCCACCUCCUGGUGGCGCUCACCGGCGUCCUCGUCUGCUCCUCCUGUGCCAGCGGCCGCUCCCGCGCCUCCCUGGACUUCCUGGACCUGCUCCUCCAGAUAGCCCAGGACGCCGGCGACCUCCACGGCGACGGCGCGCAGCGCUGCCUCCGGGCCACGGCCUGCGACUGCCUGCGGGAGAUGGAGGCCAGCUGCCCCGGGCUGCUCUCCCAGCGCCUGGAGCUGCUGGCUGGGCUGCGGCAGCAGGAGAGCUGCAGGCUGCACCAGGCCUACGUGGGGCUGCAGGUCCUGGUGCUGAGGAACGCCGUUUAUCAGCUCACCCAGGAGGCAGGAGCAGGCGCAGCACAUCUUAAAGCUCUCCUGGGGGGAAACACGUCCGGCUGGGAGGCCGAGCAGGAGGCCUCCCAGCCGGACGGCGGGGACUCGGCCGUCCAGUCGUCCCUCGUCCUGGGGCCCAUGGGCCGGGUGCCCAGCCUUCACACGGGGCCUGACUGCAAGGAGCUGCGCUCGGUCCUCUCCUCCCUGCUGGAGGAGUCCUACCUCCUCACCCCCCUGUGUCAGGCUGCACUCUUCCACAGGCUGAUCGAGCUGGUUGCCAUGGUGCCUGGGAUCCCUCCCAGCAUCCUCAGAGCCCAGCUGCUGCGACUGCUGGGGACCAAUGAGGUUUGCCUCCUCCACGUCACGCUGCUGAUGAAGUGCGCCUUCACCGACAGCCUCUUCAGCGCUGAAGACGAAGCCUUCCUCCUGAAGCGGCUGGUGGUCCUCUCCCAGCACCCCCUGCUGAGCGCGCCUGACAAGCUCUUCUACAUGGACUGCAUCCUGCACUUCCCAGAGAACCGCCCCAUCGGCUGCGGGGACAGCGACGAGGCCCUCCCCGUGCUCCUCACCCCCCAGCUGGCCUCGGCCCUGCUGCCCACCGUGUUCAACGACAGCGCCACCCUGCUGGCCCGACUCAACCUGCAGGCGCUGGUCUACCUGGAGGAGGAGGAGGAGGAGGGGGGGGAGGGCCGGGGGCUGGCCUACAUCUAUGAGCACCUCACGGCGCUGCUGCACAUUGUGGAGGGGGGGGGCAGCCGGGACAUUGUUGUGACCUUUUUCAGAGCGGCCUACCUCUUCCUGUCCUACUUCCACCGCGUGGAGCAGUACUCGGCUCUCCUGAGCCAGCAGCUGUGUCGGCUGUACCUCCUGCACCCCCAGCUGGCCCCCAACAUCCUCAACCUGGUCCAGCAGACGCUGCACAGCUUGGCGGGUUGCAGCUGGGCCGUGGGGCUCCUGCGGGGCCUCCAGGGAGCGAUAACCGAGGCCCCCUUGGACCAGCUCACCCUUCCAGACCUCAGCUGCCACCUCAGGGUGCUGGCUCGGGUGGCAGAAGAAGCAAAGAUCUCCCAGCGCAGCAGCCUGGGCUUCCUGUCCGCCGUGGUCACCCGGUCCUCGCUGCGCGCCAGCGGGGACUGGCGGCUGGGGAACGGCGUGCUGGGGGUCUGCCGCCGCCUGCUCCUCCAUCCCAGUCUGGACUCGCUGCUCAUUCCUCUGGCAGACAUUCUCCUGCAUCUGGCCUGUAACUAUGGCGACACGGACGUCCAGGACCACGCCCGCCUCUACUACGCCCUCCUGACCACGCUGUCCUGGGAGAAGCUGACGGCGGUGCUGGCGCAGAGCGCGGCAGAGGGCGGGGGGCAGGUGAAGAGGCCCACUCUGUCCGGCGUCAUGGCGGAGAGCGAGGGGCUGGUCCCCACGCUGAGCGUCCACCGGGCGGAGACGGCCGUCUUCCAGCUCAGCGAGGCGCGGCCUCAGCCUCAGCCUCAGCCGCAGACGGGGGGCCCGCCGCUGGCUCAGGAUGAGGGAGGCGGAGCUCUGGAAGCGUACAGAGCUCAGUUCAGGGAGGCCGGCUCGGCUCCACAGAUCACCUUACAGUACCGCCUGACCCACACCGAGCCCCCCCACCCUCGCUUUGAGCAGCUCUUCAGCAUCCGCCUCCACUUCAGCCUCACGGACCAGAACUACGAGCAGCUGCAGGACGUCAGCGUCCCCUGUCUGUCCACCCAGAGGCCGGCGCCGGUACUGCGGCUGACGCUGACGCCCAGGCAGCCUUACCCGACCACCAUCCACGUCAGCGCCGUCUUCACCUCCUCAGACGGCCUCACCUGGCACGCCCCCGUGCCCGACAUCCACGUCUCCUUCCAGCACACCUUCCUGCCUCUGCCUGUGCCCCCGGCCUGGAGCAGGGCGAGGAGGGAGGAGCUCUUCCAGGAACUGUGGGAGGAGAUGUGCGGCCAGGCCAGCGGCUGUGCAGUCAGCCUGUUCUGCUGCCAGCUGGGGGGGGGCGCUCUGAAGGCUCUGCUGCAGGAGCACUUCCUGCCCUUCCUGCUGUCCCACCCGUCCCAGGAGGACGGCUUCAGGGUGCUCCUCUUCCUGCCUCCACGCUCUCACCUGCUGCUGAAGAUCAGCUGUGAGGAGGACGCGGUGCAGUUCAACAUGGCCACCGAUAACUGGCAGCUGCUGCCUCACAUCAACGCCUACCUGCUGAGAAUCACCUGUGCCCAGGACCUCCCUGUCACAUGACCCCACGCCUCUUUUAUGCCCACCAGCAGCCUUUUAACACACACACCUUGGAAAGUAGAAUAAACAAGCAGAUGACUGAUUUAACAUGAAA